UUGUUUUCAUUUUCAGAAAGAAAACCCUCCUCCUCUCCCUUGUCUCUCUCUCUUUCUAAUAAAGUCUAAACUGUUCAUUCAAAAAUCAAAAAUUCAAACAAAACUUUCUCUCUUUUUCUCACCAUUUGCGGACCGUUAAAAUUCCACCGCCAUUACCCAUCUUCACCAGAAGCAGCAGCAUUAUUAACCCUAACAGCUUGUUCAGGCAACUAAUUUUUGAGGUUCUUAAUCAGAAAUUCAAUCAAGGUCAGGUGUUUAAUUUGCUAACUUUUCUUCUUCCCCAUGAUACAAAUUCAUGGUCUUAAGUUUAUUAAUAGGUUAAUUUCAAGUGAAGUGCUGCUUAUACUGUCGAUAAAUGAGAAAUAUUAGUUUAUGAUUUGAUUCAGAAUUCAUUAAUUUGUAAUUCACCGGGGAGAAAACACACAAUUUUUGCAAUUUUAGCUAGCUAGGGUUCUUUUCUUAAUGUAAAAAUGGCUGCACUUCAUCGUCGUCGUGGGAGUAGUAGUGGAGGAAGGGAUAAAUUGUCUCUUUUUAGUCGAUUCUUUCACAAAAGACCUCCUGACGGAUUACUUGAGUUUCUCGACAGGGUUUACGUUUUUGAUUCGUGUUUCUUAACCGAGGCAUUACCAGAUGGGAUGUAUGACAUUUACUUGCAACAAGUAAUAACAGAAUUGAAUGAAGAAUUUUGGGAUUCAUCCUUUCUCGCAUUUAACUUUCGAGAAGGGGAAAAGAGAAGUAGAUUUGCCAAAAUUCUGUGCGAGUAUGAUGUCACGGUUGUGGAUUACCCACGGCAGUACGAAGGUUGUCCAAUCCUUCCAUUGUCUAUCAUUCAUCAUUUUUUACGUGUUUGCGAGAGCUGGCUAUCUAUGGGUGCUCAGCAAAAUAUUGUACUGGUCCACUGUGAAAGAGGAGGAUGGCCUCUCCUAGCAUUCCUUUUGGCUAGUUUCCUUAUUUUCAAAAAGGUUCACAGCCCUGAGCACCGCGUUCUUGAUAUAAUCCAUCGGGAGGCUCCUAAGGGUUUUUUAAAGCUUCUAUCGCCUCUGAAUCCGUUCCCCUCCCAGCUCCGUUACCUUUAUUAUGUGGCCAGGAGAAAUAUAACACCGGAAUGGCCACCUACAGAGAGGGCUCUUUCUUUGGACUGUCUCAUCCUCAGAGGCAUUCCAAACUUUGAUUCCCAAAGUGGGUGUAGGCCAAUAAUUCGUAUUUUCGGUCGAAAACUCAGUAGUAAAGGUGGGCUUUUAACUCAUGAGCUGUUUUCCAUGUCAAAGACAAAGAAGUCCAUUCGGCAUUAUGGACAGGUUGACUGCGAUGUGAUUAAAAUUGAUAUCCAAUGUUUGGUUCAAGGAGAUGUUGUCCUUGAGUGUCUCCAUAUGGAUGUUGAGUUGGAUCGAGAGAUUAUGAUGUUCCGUAUUAUGUUCAAUACUGGUUUCAUUCGCUCAAACAUAUUGAUGCUCAACUCCGAGGACUUGGACAUUCUUUGGGAUUCGAAAGAUCGAUUUCCUAAAGGUUUUCGAGCAGAGGUUCUUUUUGGGGAAGUUGAGAACAUCUCUCCUGCUAGAGUUCCAACUGCGACUUUAAAUGGUGAGGAGAAAGGCGGACUCCCAAUUGAAGCUUUUUCUAGGGUUCAAGAACUUUUCAGUGGUGUUGAAUGGGUUGACACUGGUGGUGAUGCUGCUUUGUGGUUUCUCAGACAACUUUCUGCAAACGCUUUACAAGAUAAACUUGAAAAAAUCAUUUUGAGCGAUGCGAAAGAAAUGUCAAGGUUUCAGAGUCAGGUGAGUGUACAGACAUCUCCGACAAAUUCUGAAAGUGAAAAUGAUGCUUCUAAGCUCGCUGGUAUCUUGGAUUUUGAGGAUUUUGAAAAGUAUCACAGUGAGUCUGAUUUCAAAAAGCCACCAGUAAACUUCCUUGAUGACUCCACAACUCAAGAUUCUGCCUCAAAUGAUAGUGGAUCUCCAUGUGACACUUCUCCACAGCCUAAAGUAGUUUUGACGCACAGUCCACCACCACCGCACCCUCCUUUGCUUGUUGGGUCUGAUAGCACUCCUAAACCUCCACCUCCACCUCCAACACCUCCACCUGUACCGGCUUCCAUUAAAGGCCCUCCCCCUCCUCCUCCACCUCUACUGAAUUCUUCUAAAGGCCCACCACCACCACCACCUCCUCCCCCUAGAAUUUUUGGUCAAGGCCCUCCUCCCCCACCCCCACCCCCUAGGGUUUCUAGUCAAGGCCCUUCACUGUCACCGCCACCACCAGCGCCACCACCUCCCCCUAAAAUUUAUGGUCGAGGCCCUCCUCCACCACCACCCCCUCCUCCACCUUCUUCUAACAUCUGUAGUAGCAGUGCCCCACCAUGUCCACCACCUCCUCCACCUCGAUCUAGUAUCUCAGGUGUAAGUCCUCCAGCACCCCCUCCUCCUCCUCCUCGUCCACUUUCUGGGAAAGCCCCUCCACCUCCACCACCACCACCUCUGGGUUCAGGCCUUGCACCUAGAGCUGGCCAAAUGACACCUCCACCUCCUCCACCACCACCUUCAGGACCUACUGGGCUAGGUCCGGUUCCACCUCCACCACCACAAGCACCUAAACGACCUGGUCCUCCACCCCCUCCACCGCCAGGUCGUGGAAAUCAACCAGGUCCACCUCCACCCCCUGGCGCAAAGAAUUCCGGCAUACCGGCCCCUCCACCACCAUCUGUUGGAAGAGGAAGAUCCUUAGGUCCAACUCCUGGUCAAGGAAAAGUUCGUGGAGCAGCGGUUAACACUACAGCUCCUAAAAAGGCUUCACUAAAGCCAUUACAUUGGGUAAAAGUAACUCGAGCAAUGCAAGGGAGUUUAUGGGAUGAUUCUCAAGUACAGGAAAAUCAGUCACGGGCCCCUGAAAUAGAUAUUUCAGAACUUGAAAGUCUAUUCUCGGCAUCCGUUGCCUCUAGUGGAACUGGCACGGAGAAAGGCGGGACUCGACGUGGUACAAGCGGCCACAAACCAGAGAUAGUGCAGUUGAUUGACCUACGCCGAGCAUACAAUUGUGAAAUCAUGCUUACAAAAAUCAAAAUGCCUCUACCUGAUAUGAUUACUGCAGUUUUGGCUUUGGAUACCUCAGCGUUGGACAUUGAUCAAGUCGACAAUCUCAUUAAAUUUUGCCCGACUAAAGAAGAAAUGGAAACACUGAAGAAUUACACUGGAAACAGGGAAAAUUUAGGAAAGUGUGAGCAGUUUUUUCUCGAGCUGAUGAGUGUUCCUCGAGUAGAGUCGAAGUUAAGAGUAUUUUCAUUUACUAUCACCUUUAGCACUCAGGUGAAGGAUUUGAGAUCAAACUUGAAUACAAUUAACAGUUCUUCAAGAGAGGUAAAGGACUCGGUAAAGUUGCGACAGAUAAUGCAGACGAUUCUUACUUUAGGAAAUGCAUUGAAUCAGGGAACAGCACGAGGAUCUGCCAUCGGAUUCAAAUUGGACAGCCUGCUUAAAUUGUCAGAUACUCGAGCAAGAAACAAUAAAAUGACAUUGAUGCACUAUUUAUGCAAGGUUCUUGCUGAACAAAUGCCAGAAGUGCUGGAUUUUGAUAAAGAUCUAGUUCAUUUGGAAGCAGCAUCAAAGAUCCAACUGAAGUUAUUAGCUGAAGAAAUGCAAGCUGUUAGCAAGGGUCUUGAGAAGGUAGAGCAAGAGCUUACUGCCUCGGAAUCAGAUGGUGGUGUUUCCACAGGAUUUCAGAAGGCUCUUAAGGAUUUCCUUGAUACUGCUGAAGCUGAAGUUAGGUCACUCAUAUCCUUAUACUCUGAAGUGGGAAGAAGUGCUGAUUCUCUAUCUCAAUAUUUCGGGGAGGAUCCAGCUCGCUGCCCCUUUGAGCAAGUGACAUCAACCCUGGUAAUCUUUGUGAAGAUGUUCAGCAAAUCACGGGAGGAGAAUGCUAAGCAGGCCGAAGCAGAAAAGAAAAGGCUGGAAAAAGCUAUGAAAGAAAGCACAAAUAAUUCUGCGAAAAAACAGACGAUCCUAGGCACAAGCAAGCAAAGCAUCACUUCAAGACCCCAAGUUAAUGAAGGUCCGACUGUAUCAAUGUCCAACGUAAAUUGUUAUAGAUAAAAUCGGCUUGCAUCAGAAUGGUUGUGGACUGGAGGAAACAAUGCUGAAAUUUUUGGAGGGGAUUUUGUUAUUGUGCAUUUCACCCUUCAUGCUAGCAAAGAUGACGUGACAUAGUUGCCAAUGCUAAUGACAAUUGCAACUGAUACGAAACUGACAUGCAUGACCACCAUGGAAAACAAAACGGUACCACGAGUAGAGGCGAUGAAUAUGAGGUGUAAAAGUAUAUUGAGUAAAUUUAUAGUAUAGCAACCGUACAGAUGCUUCAUUAUUGUAAAUUAUUGCAUACCUUAAAGGUUAUAGUGUUAUACUACCAGAAGUAACCUGUGCUGUAACAGCACUGGGUUGAUCGUGUUUUUGUCGUGUU